AUGCGCUACUGCGACCGCGGGACAUUAGCGGUGUGUCUGAGAGUCAACAACACCUUCUUCGCCGAGGCAGGCAAGGUCCUCUACAAGAUCACGCCCGUCAUUGGAAACUCGAACAUUGGCUCGUUCUUCCUCGGCGCCCUCGAUGGGUUUCUGCCGUUCAUUGCAGACCCCCUCGGAUGCUCCAGGCACUCGUGUCCACUUGAAAGACGCUUCCGGUGGCGAAACGUCGAGUGCGGCUCGAUGGGGGAUGCGGAAGCGAGGAGAUCAAGACUCAACGCAAAGUAUCUCUCCAUGCUGACUAGGGAUGACCUGAGCCGCGUCAAUUUCAAGGCGCAGCUGCUAUCCUACGUCAAGGUUCUCAGCAUCGGAUCACACCACUAUUGCUAUUGCAAGGCAUACGGAGAGUAUGCGGGCGGACUACUGUCGAACCUCCACACUCUGCGUGUUGUGCCGAAACCGAUGGGCAUACAGGAAGUCGACGCCCUUGAUCCCGAGAUUGUGCGCGAACCACUCGAGUCACUCUGCGACAGCACGGGACAGUGCCCGCUCAUGUGUAGCCUGAUCUUCCACUGCUCCAAGGUGGUCUUCCGCAACCUCGAUGGAAGAGGAAUUUCGUACUUCGGAAAUCUGUAUCCCGAACCGCCGAAUCUGCGAGAAGUUGUGUUUUUCGCGCCACCAUGCCAGAAGAGGCUGGAACCGCCCGAAGACCCCCGUAUUCCCGAGGUUGGGGAAGGGCCCUCGGACGACAUCUGGAACAUUGCCUGCGCCUUCACCCGCACACCGCUCGUCAAGCUCGUCCUGUGGCAGGAGUGGGAGGGUGAGGCUCAGAAUACGGUCUCGGAGCCAACACGCAAGUCCUCUGUGGCCGUGAACGAGCUGGUCAGCCUUCCCUUCCGCGUCUUCCGAUCUUUCCAUGUCGACCGCUCCAACCGCCGCUACAUCCUCGUGGGGCUCGACGAUGUGCUCUGGCGCCCCAUGGGCACGCUCGUCUGGAACUGGCAGGAAGCAAACGAAAACGACGAUGAGCCACGCGAGCUCAUAGAUCCCGAGAAACUACCGGCGUGGGUUAACGACGACCAGGACCGCGAACGUCUCGAACGGGAAAUGAAUGCGCAGAACAGACAACUGCUUGAACUCGCCAGGACGGAGAUCGAGAGCGGUUUCCCGACCCUGAUUUCGGAAGAAGACUUCCCCGAAGAGGAACGAGCGGAACUGAAAGGGGCCACCGUCGAGAUGGUGGGCUUAGGGCAGUAUCUCGCCAACGUGAAGGACAGGAGGGCAGAGGUCAGCGCUGACCACUGA